UGGAGAACGGACACUGCUGAGCGCAGGGGUGUGCGGGUGGCGUCUGUGCACUGUCAGUAUGCAGCGGUUGCUCUUUCCCCCCUUGAAGGCCUUCGUGGGGGGCCCGUGUCUCCGGCUCCUGCUUCCUAGAGCAGCGCCUAGAGCACAGUGUGGUUGCAGCUGUGGUAUCAGGCGCCCUCUGAGGCCAGGGCAAUACAGCACCAUCUCUGAAGCAGCUUUGCAGUCUGGAAGGGGUACAGUGUCCCUUCCCUCAAAAGCUGCUGAGCGGGUGGUAGGCCAGUGGCUCCUGGUCUGCAGUGGAACAGUGGCUGGAGCAGUAAUUCUUGGUGGAGUAACUAGAUUGACAGAGUCUGGCCUCUCGAUGGUAGACUGGCAUUUAAUAAAGGAGAUGAAACCACCUACAAGCCAAGAGGAAUGGGAAGCAGAAUUCCAAAGAUAUCAGCAAUUUCCAGAAUUUAAAAUCUUGAAUCAUGAGAUGACAUUGGCAGAAUUCAAGUUCAUCUGGUACAUGGAGUAUUCACACCGAAUGUGGGGUCGUCUUGUAGGCCUCGCAUACAUCCUGCCUGCUGCCUACUUUUGGAGAAAGGGCUGGCUCAGCCGUAGCAUGAAAGGACGUGUUCUUGCCCUCUGUGGUUUAGUCUGUUUCCAGGGUCUGUUAGGAUGGUAUAUGGUGAAAAGUGGAUUGGAAGAAAAACCAGACUCCCAUGACAUCCCCCGGGUCAGUCAGUACCGCCUUGCUGCUCAUCUGGGGUCAGCCCUUGUUCUUUAUUGUGCCAGCUUGUGGACCUCACUCUCACUGCUGCUCCCUCAGCACAAGUUGCCUGAAACCCGUCAACUCCUGUGGUUGAGACGAUUUGCUCACGGAACAGCAGGUCUAGUGUUCCUUACAGCUCUCUCAGGUGCUUUUGUGGCAGGGCUGGAUGCUGGGCUUGUAUACAACUCUUUCCCCAAAAUGGGAGAAUCCUGGAUCCCAGAAGACCUCUUUGCCUUCUCCCCCAUCCUGAGGAAUGUUUUUGAAAAUCCCACCAUGGUUCAGUUUGAUCACCGGAUUCUGGGAAUCACUUCAGUCACUGCCAUUACAGCACUCUACUUCCUGUCUCGGAGAAUUCCUCUUCCUCGAAGGACCAAGAUGGCAGCGGUGACUCUGCUGGCUUUGGCAUAUACACAGGUGGGCUUGGGCAUUAGCACUCUUCUGAUGUAUGUUCCAACUCCUCUGGCUGCCAGUCACCAGUCAGGCUCCUUGGCUCUGCUCAGUGGUGCCCUUUGGCUCAUGAAUGAACUCCGAAGAGUCCCAAAAUAAUUCUCAGAGGGUCAGCUUCCUAGGACUGAAACUGCACUUUUGAGAGCUCAUCAGAGAGCAGAAGAACUUAGGCUUUUCGAUGAAGAUAACCUUGGCAUACUAAGUGGUUUCCAAAUUGGUCAAGUUAUUUAAAAUUCUUUGCCUGUUUUGAAAAGAAUACCAUUAAGUAUAAUGAGCUAAUGGUUCCUUUCUAAAUCUGUUACUUUUCACAUUGAAAAUCAGGUUUAAUGUAGAGAAAGAAAUGUCUGCCAUUUACUGCUUAUUCUUUGUCUCAGGUUUCUUAAUAUUUGCAAACUCUUGGUUCUGUAUGCCUAAUUUCUGUCUCGUUUUUCUCUUGAGUCUUGAAUUCUGCCUGUGUAGAAUUUCUUUAUGAUCUUCACUACCAUCAGGUGAAGAUUCAAAGGGAAGGACUGGCAUACCCUGAAGUAGCUAGCUAGCCCUAAGCAAAAAAUAGCUAAUGUCUUCUAGUGUCCUGAUUUUCAAAAAUGCGGAAAGCCUACAUUUUUACAAGUUUAAUGUGUAUAUGCAGCAAAAUGGUUUAUAAGUACUUGGAAAAGGAGGUAAUCAAUAGUAACCCACUUGGAUUCAUCAAGCACUAACCUAGUUCUUCUUCUGAUAGUGCUAUUACAUCGCUAGGUCAGAGGAAUGGAACAGACAGUAUAAAUUGGUUCCUGAAAGAGUUUCCUAAAAGGCUUGUGGGCAAGAAAAAUAUGGCCUUGAUGGUGUGGUACAUGGACAUCUAUUCAGAUAUUUAAAAAAAUUGUUGAUUACUGAACUGGUAUGAUUUUGCUCUUGAUAUUUCACAGGGCUCUGCCUUACUCAACUUUAUUUUUUAAAUCAUUGAUUUGGAUGAAGGCAUCAGAAAUGUCAGAUGUGAGGAUGGAGCAAACAACAUUGCUAAUAGGUGGCAGUGGCAGCUCAAAACAGUCCCAGAGUGAUCUUAUCAAUGUGAAAUUAAACAUUAUAAAUGUAAGGUACUCAUUUAAAUUAAAUAAGUUGUAUAAAUUUGGAGUGAAGAAACCUGGCUUCAUAUCAUUUCAUAUAAAAGUCUUGGGGAUUUCGGCUGGCCUCAGGCUCAACAUGAACCAACUAUUCAUGUUGUUAUCACAUAACACAGAAAAAUUAGUGGUGCUUCAGGUUUUAUCAAUAGAAUUGUCACAGCCAUAGUCAGAAUAACCCUCCUAAGGUAUUGCAUUUCUCUUGGAUACCAAAUUUAAGCAGGACAUUGACCACUAAGUGUGUAUCCAGAGGAAGACACCAAGGUGGUGAGAAGUCCAGAACCUCUAUCACACAGGAAAUAGUCGAAGGGACUAGGGAUAUUUAAAUGGGGACGAGAACAUUUGGGGAGAGAGCAAGAUUCCUGUCCUUGAGAAGUUGAAGCCCUAACUUACAGAAGAGGAAAUGAGUUUCCUUUGUGCUGCAGAGCUGGGAGCAAUGGAUGAAAGUUGCUAGAAGUUAGUUUUUAGUUCUGUAGAAGACGAGUAGGGUGGACCAAAUCAAAUACCCGCUGGGGUCAGGCUGGUGGAGACAGUGACAGACUGGAGAGCAGGUGCCCCAACGAAGGGGUAAACCACUACAGAGCUCUGGCCUGUUACCACUCUGCAGGUCCAGGGUUGUCAGAUCUGAUUUUUUAAAGAAGCCAAAUAUCUGGAUUUUUAUGUAAAAGCUCUCAAGUG